GGAGGUAAGAGAGUAUUAUGACAGACAAGAUGGGGUUGACAGAUUUAGCAGAUACAAUAUUUGGGACACACGCACGAAGAAAUGAUUCGUUGUUUAUGUAAAAUUGAAACUUAACUAGGUAGGCAUCCUGUAUUUCAUCUGGCAACUCCAGGAAAAGAGAAAAAUACAGUGUUACUCCAAUAUUCCCGGUUGUGUAAGGAAAACAAUCAAAGCUCAGCCCUAAGGAAAAACAAAUAAAAGAGGCUGCGCGAAUGCAUCCGAAUCUUCAAACAGAAUCCAUUUCCGGUCUGGGGCCCUGGGAAAAGAAGAAGAGGAGAGACAAUUAAGGUAGCCGAAUUCAGUCCGCCAGUGUCCCAUAAUCCUCUUCUCUCGGUUCCUCUUUCCUCGCUCAAGAUGGCGCUGCUCGCGAUGCAUUCUUGGCGCUGGGCGGCCGCGGCGGCUGCUUUCGAAAAGCGCCGGCACUCCGCGAUUCUGAUCCGGCCUUUAGUCUCUGUUAGCGGCUCAGGUCCGCAGUGGAGGCCACAUCAACUCGGCGCCUUGGGAACCGCUCGAGCCUACCAGCAGAUUCCAGAGUCAUUAAAAAGUAUCACAUGGCAGAGAUUGGGAAAAGGCAAUUCAGGACAGUUCUUAGAUGCUGCAAAGGCUCUCCAGGUAUGGCCACUGAUAGAAAAGAGGACAUGUUGGCAUGGUCAUGCAGGAGGAGGACUCCACACAGACCCAAAAGAAGGGUUAAAAGAUGUUGAUACUCGGAAAAUCAUAAAAGCAAUGCUUUCUUAUGUGUGGCCCAAAGACAGGCCAGAUCUACGAGCUAGAGUUGCCAUUUCGCUGGGAUUUUUGGGUGGUGCAAAGGCCAUGAAUAUUGUGGUUCCCUUCAUGUUUAAAUAUGCUGUAGACAGCCUCAACCAGAUGUCGGGAAACAUGCUGAACCUGAGUGAUGCACCAAAUACAGUUGCAACCAUGGCAACAGCAGUUCUGAUUGGCUAUGGUGUAUCAAGAGCUGGAGCUGCUUUUUUUAACGAAGUUCGAAAUGCAGUAUUUGGCAAGGUAGCCCAGAAUUCAAUCCGAAGAAUAGCCAAAAAUGUCUUUCUCCAUCUUCACAACCUGGAUCUGGGUUUUCACCUGAGCAGACAGACGGGAGCUUUAUCUAAGGCUAUUGACAGAGGAACAAGGGGUAUCAGUUUUGUCCUGAGUGCUUUGGUAUUUAAUCUUCUUCCCAUCAUGUUUGAAGUGAUGCUUGUCAGUGGUGUUUUGUAUUACAAAUGCGGUGCCCAGUUUGCUUUGGUAACCCUUGGAACACUUGGUACAUACACAGCAUUCACAGUUGCAGUCACACGGUGGAGAACUAGAUUUAGAAUAGAAAUGAACAAAGCAGAUAAUGAUGCAGGUAAUGCUGCUAUAGACUCACUGCUGAAUUAUGAAACUGUGAAGUAUUUUAAUAAUGAAAGAUAUGAAGCACAGAGAUAUGAUGGAUUUUUGAAGACGUAUGAGACUGCUUCAUUGAAAAGUACCUCUACUCUGGCUAUGCUGAACUUUGGUCAAAGUGCUAUUUUCAGUGUCGGUUUAACAGCUAUAAUGGUGCUCGCCAGUCAGGGAAUUGUGGCAGGUACCCUUACUGUUGGAGAUCUAGUAAUGGUGAAUGGACUGCUUUUUCAGCUUUCAUUACCCCUGAACUUUCUGGGAACUGUAUAUAGAGAGACUAGACAAGCACUCAUAGAUAUGAACACCUUGUUUACUCUACUCAAGGUAGACACCCGAAUUAAAGACAAAGUGAUGGCAUCUCCCCUUCAGAUCACACCACAGACAGCUACCGUGGCCUUUGAUAAUGUGCAUUUUGAAUACAUUGAGGGCCAGAAAGUCCUUAGUGGAAUAUCCUUUGAAGUCCCUGCAGGAAAGAAAGUGGCCAUUGUAGGAGGUAGUGGGUCAGGGAAAAGCACAAUAGUGAGGCUAUUGUUUCGCUUCUAUGAGCCUCAAAAGGGUAGCAUUUAUCUUGCUGGUCAAAAUAUACAAGAUGUGAGCCUGGAAAGCCUUCGGAGGGCAGUGGGAGUGGUACCUCAGGAUGCUGUCCUCUUCCAUAAUACUAUUUAUUACAACCUCUUAUAUGGAAACAUCAGUGCUUCACCUGAGGAAGUGUAUGCGGUGGCAAAAUUAGCUGGACUUCAUGAUGCAAUUCUUCGAAUGCCACAUGGAUAUGACACCCAAGUAGGGGAACGAGGACUCAAGCUUUCAGGAGGAGAAAAGCAAAGAGUAGCAAUUGCAAGAGCCAUUUUGAAGGACCCCCCAGUCAUACUCUAUGAUGAAGCUACUUCAUCGUUAGAUUCGAUUACUGAAGAGACUAUUCUUGGUGCCAUGAAGGAUGUGGUCAAACACAGAACUUCUAUUUUCAUUGCACACAGAUUGUCAACAGUGGUUGAUGCAGAUGAAAUCAUUGUCUUGGAUCAGGGUAAGGUAGCCGAACGUGGUACCCACCAUGGUUUGCUUGCUAACCCUCAUAGUAUCUAUUCAGAAAUGUGGCAUACACAGAGCAGCCGUGUGCAGAACCAUGAUAACCCCAAAUGGGAAGCAAAGAAAGAAAAUAUAUCCAAAGAGGAGGAAAGAAAGAAACUACAAGAAGAAAUUGUCAAUAGUGUGAAAGGCUGUGGAAACUGUUCGUGCUAAGUCACAUAAGACAUUUUCUUUUUUUGUUGUUUUGGACUACAUAUUUGCACUGAAGCAGAAUUGUUUUAUUAAAAAAAUCAUACAUUCCCA